UGCUUCUGGAACAUGGCCAUUCAGCCCAGAAAACUCACAGCAACCCAGCUACUAUACACAUAAUUUAUCAGCAAUGCAGAUGUGCAGCUGAUCAUCUCAAGCAAUCUAGUAAGGAACUGACAGAGAAAUACAAAAUAUUGGUCAUUGAUGGCAGGUUCAGAAGGCACUGGCUUGUAGUUAACAUUGGGAAAUAGAAACAAAAAAAAUGAAGGUGAAAGGAAAGUGAGAAGGACUUUCUUUCCAAAAGAAAAGUAGGGAUGUAAACAUAUUCUUUAUGAGAAUGACAAAGGGGGAGAGUGAGAAGAUCCUACAUCGGAAGUGGCAUCUUAAAAAGCACGCUUAAAUGCAAUUUAAUGCAAAGAAAAAGUGUAGAUUCAAUGUUUAUCCAGGCUGUUCAACAUGGAGUGAAAUUACAACAUGUUAUUGAGGAUAUUCUUAAGCUUUAUCAGGAAGCAGGGGCAGAAGAAGAGAAUCUCUGGCCUUCCAGAGUUCAACUCCUAUCUCUCUAGCUACUAGGUCUAAUGGCAAGGUACUAUAAAAGUUAUAGUUUAAGGCCUCUGGAGGGUGAAAGGUUCCUUACUCCCGGGAAACACAGUUGGCUUGUGUUUAUUGGUGGGUUCAAUUUACUGCAGUAGUACAUAACCCAAUUCUCUCAAUAAGUCCCAGAUAAAAUACAGUGGCCUUUGAUAUCUGCCAGGUUUAGGUUAGAGGAUAUCCCAUGAACACCCAAAUCCUGGGAUGCUCAAGUUCCAUUAUACUCAUGGCCGAAUAUGAUUAUCUUUCAAAGGCAGAGUUUUAGCAAUGGAUCCAUAGAUGACCAUGAAGACCUAUUUUGGAUCCACAUUGUCUUUCACAAUGAGGACAUGGAGUUCCAGAUGGAAGGUGGUCACGACAAGGAUAUGCUUGGCAUACCUUCUUUUUGGUACGUUUCUUCCUUUCUCCCUCUAUUUGUGCCUCUUCAAGAUCUGUAUCAGUACUGGUACUGUUACAAUAUGUAAUUGUGUAGGGUCAUUGUGUCCCUUAUAUAAAAUGGCAAAAUCAAGGUUUGGGUUUUUUGGAUUUUAAAAAGGAUACAUUUUCAAGCUAUGGGUGUUGAAAUCUAUAGAUGAAGAAUCCAUUAUAUGUAAGGCUGACUGUUUACACAGGCACAGGGUAAAUGUUUGUUGUAUAAUACCCAAGUUGAACAUCUAGCAUUAUACUAAUUUCAUGCACAAUAUAGUACCCCAGUGAAAUCACAGAUAGUACCAAACCUCUCUCUCUCUCUCUCUCCACCCCCUCUCUAUAUUUUGCACUCACACCCACUCACUAUGCUUGUUUUCUAUACUUAUAUACUUGUGAUAUAAGUUAUUAAUGGGUGGAUAGAGUAGACAGCAUGUUGGACAAUGGGAUGAUUCAUGUACGGUGCAGGAUGGCACAAGUAGUCCUUGUCUAAGAAAAUAAAAUCAUGUGGUUUUCAUAGGUUGAUGAGCAACGUGAAGCUAUACACAUACACAUUUGGAUAUGUAUGUGAUUCACAGUAAAAACAAUAAAGUAAGUGAUCUGUGAGGAGGGGCUGAGAAUAUGGAAUGACAAAUGUGAUUGUCUGAAUGUGCGAAGGGAUCUUUUAAAAGGCCAGAGGAGAUCAGAGAUAGAGAUAUGAUAGAGAUUAUUGAACUUCAGUGACACUGGAUGUUUUAAAAAUCUUUAAAUUGUAUGUCAAACUUCUGUUUAGUAAAUUAUUUGGUACUAAACACUUCUUCCUCUGCUUAAGAAUCAUUGGAAUGCUUGCAUUCACACACAUGGCAUCUGUGGUGGCAGUACUUACUGUGACUGUGUCCAGUAGUGGUGUUAGACAAAUAAGUCCCACAUAGGGACCAUGAGCCCCGGUGGCAAAGUGUGUUAAAGCGCUGAGCUGCUGAACUUGCAGACCGAAAGGUCUCAGGUUCAAACCCCAGGAGCGGCGUGAGCGGCCACUGUUAGCUCCAGCUUCUACCAACCUAGCAGUUGGAAAACAUGCCAAUGUGAGUAGAUCAAUAGGUACCGCUCUGGCGGGAAGGUAACGGCGCUCCAUUCAGUCAUGCCGGCCACAUGACCUUGGAGGUGUCUACGGACAACGCCGGCUCUUCGGCUUAGAAAUGGAAUGAGCACCAACCCCCAGAGUCAGACAUGACUGGACUUAACGUCAGGAGAAACCUUUAUCUUUUAGGGACCAUGAGGCCAUCUAGAUGCCUCCACAUCUAAUGACAUAGCAGUGGGACAGAUAAGGUAUUAAUAUUUGGUAGCCAUCGGGGAUAGAUAGAAAAAACUCAUAAUUGGAGACAGAGAUGGGGUAAGUGGAAGUCCUCACAGUAACCCUUUUGAACCUAUUGUCUUAUUUCCUUUAUCUCCUUAGAAAAGCAGUGCUCACCAUUUCUACUAAACUUUGUCAUGCAGCCCCUCCCUUCCCUAUGACAGCAUAGCCACAUUACUUACAAGGUGAUUCAUCCACAACUGCUACAACCAAUUCAUAGCACACAAACUUGCAAAGUUUGUUUUCUUUCUGAUUGGUCAUAUAGUCAACCAGACUGCAUUGUAGAGACGUAAGCAAUUCUGAGGCUUCUUGGGUUAGUGUAUGGUCAGUGAGCCAGAUAUGAUCCUAAAUCUCUAUGGCAAAUUAGGCAGCCAUGCCAUAAGAUGAAGGCAAGUCACAACAUAUCAUUUUGCUUUGCCAGCAGAAAGCAAGGAUAUACUAUACAGCUUUGGUCUUGAGGCAAAUUCAUGCUUUUGCAACAAUGGCUUGGGUAAUUAUUUGCUAUGGCAGACUUUGGUGCCACCCCUCCUUCCAUCACAUUUGUAAAAUAAUGUGAAAGCAUGAAUAGCAUCCUUUGGUCUAGAGCAGGGGUUCCAAACUGUGCUCCAGGGAGCCCUUGGGGCUUCACGGGUGAUAGUGAGGGGCUCCUCGGCACUAUUUCUACUACUACUACUACUACUACUACUAUUGUUACUACUACUACUACUAAAAAGACUGGGUGGCCAUCUUUUGGGAGUGCUUUGUGCUUUUUCUGCCUGGCAGAAUAAGGGGGGGGGGGCCUGUGGUCUUCCAGUGAAAUACUGUUAAGUUUAUGUUGGUUAAAAAUUGUUUUGUUUUAAAUAUUGUAUUGUUCUUUCUUUCCCUUUUUUGCAUUGUGUGAAUUAUUUCACACAAACACUCUCCAUCCAUCUGCCACUGUCCAGCCCAUGCCUGAUUUAUAUAUACAGUAGAGUCUCACUUAUCCAAGCUAAACGGACCGGCAGAAGCUUGGAUAAGUGAAUAUCUUAGAUAAUAAGGAGGGAUUAAGGAAAAGCCUAUUAAACAUCAAAUUAGGUUAUGAUUUUACAAAUUAAGCACCAAAACAUCAAGUUAUACCUCAAAUUUGACAGAAAAAGUAGCUCAAUACGCAGUAAUGUUAUGUUGUAAUUACUGUAUUUACGAAUUUAGCACCAAAAUAUGACGAUAUAUUGAAAACACUGACUACAAAAAUGGCUUGGAUAAUCCAGAAGCUUGGAUAAGCGAGGCUUGGAUAAGUGAGACUCUACUGUAUAUAUCUAUAUAUAUAAAAGAGUGAUGGCAUCAGGGAAGCGGACAAAACAACAAAACUACAGGCCCCCCCAACCUCGAAAUUUGACAACACAACCCAUCAUUCACGGCUCUAGGUUGAUACAACAAAAAGAAAAGAAAAAUAAAGUCCUAAUUACAGGGAGAGGAAUAAUAGUUUUUAUCCAAUUGCUGCCAGUUAGAAGGCUAAGCUCCACCCACUUGGUCUCCUAGCAACCUACUCAGCCCAGGGGACAGGCACAGUUAGGCCUCACUUAGGCCUCUUUCACAGAUUAUCAGAUUUGAACUGGAUUAUAUGGCAGUGUAGACUCAAGGCCCUUCCACACAGCUAUAUAACCCAUUUAGAAUCUUAUAUUAUCUGCUUUGAACUGGAUUAUCCUGACUCCACACUGCCAUAUAAUCCACUUCAGUGUGCAUACUAAACAUAAAGACUACCAUACAACAGACAUUCAUUUAAUACCACCACUACCUCAACACACACAGUCCAGGGUGGGGGAAAAAAGCUCUUGUAUAUUAGAGGCAAGUGUGAAUGUUGUAAUUAAUCACCUUGAUUAGCAUUAAUGGCCUUGCCAGCUUCAAGGCCUGGCUUCUUCCUGCUUGGCGGAGGAACAGUAAAUAAAGAACAACACCUUGAAAACAGGAAUUCCAGGUAUGAAUCAAUCAGGGCCAGCUAACACCUCCGAACAAAGGAUUCCCCCAGGCAGGAAUCAUGCAGGCCUUGAAGUUGGUAAGGCCAUUAAUGCUAAUCAAGGUGAUUCAUCCCAACAUUCACACCGGCCUCCAACAGACUAGAGUUCUUUCUCCCACCCUGGACCCUCCAUAGAUAUAUAAACCUCCCUUGCUUAGAUUUCCAAUAUACCUCACAACUUCUGAGGAUGCCUGCGAUAGAUGUGCGCGAAACGUCAGGAGAGAAUGCUUCUGGAACAUGGCCAUACAGCCCAGAAAACUCACAACAACCCACUGAAUUAGGAAUGCUUGAAAAACUCAAGUCCUUUCCAAAAAACAAAGCAUCGUCGUCCGCCCAACAGUAGGUGGCGCUGUGAUUAAUUCCCCACCUCGAUUCGUAGAGAGAAAAAAAUUUAGAGCGACGCUAACGCAAUUCCCCCAAAGCGCAGGCUUUUUAAAUACUUCCAAUGCGCAUGCGCCAGCAGGAGUGUGGCUCUGCAUACAACAGGAUCCUUUUUCUCGGCGCGGAGACCGAAGGAGAAUCCAGCGUUCGUCUGCUUGGCAAGAAGAUGGCCUUGGUUCCUUAUGAUGACUCAGCUCUUUGGGGGACGCAAAAGCUGCAUCAGUCUUCCUCUGUAUACAAUUUUGCCAACCGCACCAUCCAGAUCAAGCAGGACUGGAAGCAGCUGGGUGUAGCUGCUGUGGUAUGGGAUGCGGGUGGAUGGGAGCCAGCACCAAAUAUGAAAUUCCAGGAGACUCUAUAUUACAUAUGGGAGUUUAAUGAAGAUUACUAGCAGUAAGAGCCAGGGAGAAAUUAUCUAUUGGAACUCUUGCUUUAAUGCUUGGCUGGUGGGAAGGAGAGAGAGAGUGGGCCUUCCUUCUCGGUGGCCGCCCCUCGACUCUUCAUGGAAGCCAGAACGGCCCGCUUCCUGCUGUCUUUCCUUUUUAUUCAGGCUGUGGUGUUGUGUACUUUCUUGGAGAUGGGAGGCAUUGAUCUCCAAGGGCGUUUGGUGAUUGAGUUAGGAGCUGGAACUGGCUUGCUGGGAAUUGUAGCCGCGCUACUUGGUGCUCAUGUCACCAUCACUGACAGAAAGGCGGCCUUGGCACUCCUUGAGUCUAAUGUUGGGGCCAAUGUGCCCACCGACCUCCGGACAAAAGCAGUAGUCAAAGAACUGACUUGGGGACAAGAUUUAGCAAGCUUCGCUCCAGGAGGGUAUGAUGUCAUUUUGGGUGCUGACAUAGUUUACCUGGAAGAAACAUUUGGUGCUCUUCUCCAAACGUUGGACCAUCUCUGCUCUGACCAGACUGUGAUCCUGUUAUCAUGCCGCCUCCGCUAUGAACGGGACCAGAACUUCCUGAAGAUGCUGAAGGGACUUUUUGCAGUACAUGAGGUGUUCUAUGACAGCAAUCAUGAUGUGCAUAUAUUUAAAGCACAGAGAAACGUCCGGAACAGAGAUCUGUGAUUGGGUCAGUUGUGAAUUUGUUGCCAGCUUAUCCCUUUGUCAAUUUGAUCAUGUGGUUACAACUCGCAGAAUCCCCAAGACAGCACACCUUGGGAGUUGUAGUAAAAAUAUUUUCAUGGUUUAUCACCUCUCCAGUAUACAUGGAGCAAAGAAUCAAGUCCCUGACCUUACUGAUUUUUAAAAAUUAUUGUUAGUAGUAUCUCAGACUAACUAAAAUAUACAUGACUCAGUGAAUGAUUCCCAGACAGAAAUUUGGCACCAAUGCAGGAAGCAGAACACAUUUUGGCGUAGAAUAAGCGCACAAUCCAAUUAGAUUCACAAUAAUGACAUUUUAUUUCUGAUUUCCACUGGUGUGGAAUAAUAUAAGUUGAUGGACAAGGUGGAAACGAAACAGUGAAAACAAGUACACUCCUGUGAUUGAAAAAAAAGAUAAUGACAAUUGCAAAGGAAAUACUUUAUGAGAUGAUGUGCAAUUAGAUUGUUUUGCUGUUUGCUUCAGAAACAAGAGUUGGACAACUGUGGAGGGGACAAUCUUUGACAGCCUGCAAUAGGGACCAACAAGGGAAAAAAAAAUCAAGAAAUCAUCUUUUUCAUUAAUGGCAGAAAGACAUUUUAUCCCAAUGAAUACAACAGUGGAUGAACCACAAAUCAGGCCCACUCUGGCCUAGUACCUUUGCUGACUUUCAUGGUGGCUAUUAAGGAGAAUUUCAUACAUGAUCCCACAGGUACCAAAGCUGUACUUGCUAUCCUAGAUAGGGAAAGUAACCAUUUCCAUUGGAUAGAUGAGACAGUUUUAGAUGUACAUGUAAAACCAUGAUGGGCAUAUCUUGAAACUGUUUCUAUUUUCCCUAUAGUGCUUUGUUUGAAUGCACUCGGGAUGCUGCUGAGUAGUCCAUGCAUUCUGAUAUACAUAGUUAACUUAAAGCAAAGGUAGGCAAAUACUUAAGUGCUAUAUAAUGGGAGUUGUACAAGUCAUCCAUUAUGGCUGCUGUUGAGGGACCAUGGGAACUUCAGGCCCUUACCCUCCCCCUUCUUCCCUGGGCAACAUACGAUAAAACUAAUAUAACCAAUUUAAAUUUAAAAUAAAUAAUACAAAUAAUUGUAAAAGGCUAAAAAUGCAUUAAACAAUAAAAAGACAUCAACAUGGUUAAAAUUGUUUAAAAUGAAUUGAAAACAUGCAAUUAAAACUGGUGCAAUAUGGGGUUUGCAUAUUUGUCAGCAAAGUACCCAUUGCAGUUUCUGAGUUGUCUCCAAGGGCAGCUCUGAGUGCCAAUUCCUUUGUCUGACUUACAAGCAUCUUUGAGAAAUGAAGCCCAUAGUCCUGUACUGCCUGACCUAGAAGUAAGUCUCACAUGUUACUUGGUAAAAGAAGGAUUAAAUCAGAAUUGCCAAUCUGAUUAAUCAUUACAGUGGCCAAGGUGUGCUAUAUGCAUUCCUCUUGGAGAUGUGUAUUCUUUCCUAGCUUAAUGUAUUGUUUGUGACAGAUAUAUUAUAGGGUUGCUGUGAAUUUUUUGGGCUGUAUGAAUAAAGUUCUAAGGAUGACUGCCAUAGAUGCAGGCAAAAGGUCAGGAGCGAAUGCUACUGGAACAUGGCCAUACAGCCUGGAAAACUCACAGCAACCCAGUGAUUCUGGCCAUGAAAGCCUUUGAAAAUCCUUCAUCACCCGCAGUUGUAGACAGAAAAUAAGGAAGAAAAAGGGACUGAGCAGGUGUAAAAAGACUUUAUAAAAGGGAGCUUCCCUGUCAGAGGCUUUUCUUAACUUAGGGUGUGCCUGUUUUAAUAACGCCAGCUGUUUUCAGUUGCUGAUUUAAAAGCAUGUACAGUGUUCCCUCACUACUUCGCGGUUCACUUUUUGCGGAUUUGCUGUUUUGCGGAUUUGAGUUUUUCAAUAAACUCUAAAAGACUAUUAUAAAUCAUUAAAAAUUACAAUUUACAGCCUAAGGAAGGGAGGAAGGAGAAGCCAAAGGGAGAGAAAAAGAGCCCAAGCGGCAACAGGAGGAGGAGACGAUUUAUCAACACAUGAUUGGUUUAUAAAGACUUAAAAUAGUAUAUAACUACUAAAAUAAUGUAUAAAUAUUAAAAGUGUCCCUACUUCGCGGAUUUUCACUUAUUGUGGGUGGUCCUGGAACCUAACCCCCGCGAUAAGUGAGGGAACACUGUAUAUAUUUUAUUUUAUAUUUAUGUUUUACAUGCCUUAUCCUUAAAGUCUGAAAGUUGCUUGUAGUGAAAGACAGGAUACUAUUCUACUAUUCAAUAAAUAUGGGAAUACCUUUAAAAAGAUGUUGAGCUUGGCCCAAGAAUGUGAUUGUGUCACAUUUUACAAGCUUUGUAACAAAAAGACAAUAAAUUUAGAGGCCAUUUUUGAGGUUCCCACAGCUUUUCAAAUAGAGUUGAUUUUAGACCCAGAAGUGGCUUUUUCAGAACCAAAAAUGAAAUAGAGAUUGAUUAAAUAAAGGGCUCUCUCAUGAGCAUAAAACAGCUCAUCCCAUUUUUCCCCAUGGAAAACUGCUCCUCAUUCUCCUUAGGGAUAUUGCGGAUGUUUCUGGCCAGUGAAAGAAAAGCUUUUAAAAAAUCAGAGAUGUGGUAGGUGAUAUGCUUGACCCUCCAAGGUCCCAUGGAAAGCCAAUAGGAACCCCAGAGUUAUUCACCCUUAAACUAGCCUGAUGAAAAACUACCAUGCUCACUGACCUGAAAAAGAAUAUUGUGUAAUUGUGAAUGCAAUAUUUGUAAAAUAAACUACAUGUUAUUUCCUGAAAAAAGCAG